AGGCUGAGGGAGGCGUGAAGCUGCUGCUGUGGCUGCUGUGAGUCAGAGGAGGGGCCGGGCUGACCGACUGAGAGCUCACUUUCAGUGCUAUAAAACAUUCCUCACUCGGCUCUUGCCGCACUCCAAAAGGCGCAUGAGGAGGAGGAGGAGGCGGCACACGUGUGCAAGGAAAGAAGGGGAAGAGGCAGCGGUGCUCAGUGCGGGACAAGUCACUUAACCCCUUCCAGACGCAUUGGACCAGACGGAGCGGACGAGGGUUCCUUUCUCUGUGAACAUUUUGGCAACGUUUUUAGGGAGGAUGAGAGUGCGGCGCUGAGGGUGUCCCGGACAGGAGGAGUGACCGCCACCCGUUGUCCACCACCAUGUCCUUCGCCAUGCUGCGCUCGCCCCCCAGUCGUUUCCUAUAUCCCGAAAUCAGCAUGCUCUCGGAGGACGAGGAGAAUGGCAGCGAGAGCUCCGGCUCGGACGAGAAGCCCUACUGUCUGGACGGCGGUGGGUUCGGUCUCAAAGGUGCCCAGCGCCGGUCUGGUGGCGGUAUCAAAAAGACAGUCCGCCUCCCGCGGCAAGAGCCCCGCCAGCGGCACACGGCCAACGCGCGGGAGCGGGACCGCACUAACAGCGUCAAUACGGCCUUCACGGCGCUGCGGACCCUCAUCCCCACGGAGCCGGCCGACCGGAAGCUCUCCAAGAUCGAGACUCUGCGCCUGGCUUCCAGCUACAUCUCCCACCUGGGCAACGUGCUUCUGGUCGGGGAGGCGUGCGGCGACGGGCAGCCCUGCCACACCACGCCGGCCUCCGCCGCCUUCUUCCAUCACGGCGGCAACGGAGGGGGCAGCAACGGGAGCCCCCCGGCCAGGGAGAGCGAGAACUCCCAGCCCAAACAGAUCUGCACUUUCUGCCUCAGCAACCAGAGGAAGAUGAGCAAAGACCGAGACAGGAAGACGGCGAUACGGAGCUAGGCGGCCAUGGACUCAGGAGGGCAGCAGCCGAUGCAGAGGAGGAGGAGAAGGAGGAGAGGAAGGCAAUGAGAGGAACGGAGAGAGGAAGGAGCCCCCCAGGCAGAACAGCGCUUCCCGGCCUGUGCCCCUCUGGACGGCUGCUGCCCGGCGCUGUGAGCUCCUGCCCCGGAUGGACUCAGGGAACUGACUCAGACAGGAAAAGACUGAGCACCUUUGCAGCAGCACGGGGUCGGUUUUGGAAAGACUUUGGGGAGUGGAUUCGGUGGGCUUGAACCCUGGAAGGAGGCAAGAGGCUGAAGGACCACGCUCGGCUGGAGGGAGACCCGAGGCGAGGUGGACAGGGCAUCAAUGUGGACCCUCCUUUGCCCAAAGAGAGGGACGGCUGCAGGUUGCUCCAUAAGACUCGCCUUGGCUCCAAACGCCACAGCCGAGGGAUUGCUCCCUUGGGGGACGCAGAAGGAAGCGGACUCCUGGCCCGUGCGGGGUCGCUGUCAAUACAUGCUGGAGUUUCAUGUCAUUGAAAAUAACAUAAUAUAAACCCUCGUUGUUUGUAUCA